AUGAAGAGUAUCAGUGCUUUUGCCAUCCUUGCUCUGGCAGCCACUACAUGGGCUGUCUCUCUGCCUGAAAUAGGGACAAAGGUGGACUGCUCCAAAUACAACAGAAAAAGCUCCAGGAUUAUGUGCACAAGGGAGUGGAAACCAAUAUGUGGCAUAGAUCAGAAGACAUACAGUAAUGAAUGCGUGUUUUGCAGGCUAAACCAAAAUAAAGGAUUUCUACUCAGAAAACUUCAUGAUGGUAUAUGUAUUGCGUGUAUUGAAUAUUCUGAUGCAUGCACCAAGGAUUACCUGCCUCUCUGUGGAUCUGAUGGAAGAAAAUAUCUCAACAAAUGUUUGUUUUGCAAUGCUGUUGUGAUGAGCCGUGGUGCCCUUUUUUUGGCAAAUUAUGGAUCAUGCACUGAUGCUCAAGAGUACCAGAAUCCCUUCGGUGGAUUCCUCAUAGAGAAGCAGAUUGUCUAG